AUGCCAAAUUGGGGACCAUCUGUCCCCUUCCCCCCUUGGGGGCGGCUCUCAGGCCAACGUGGGGGCCCUCGGUCCCCUUCCCCCCCUGGGGGCAGCUCUCAGGCCAACGUGGGGACCCUUGGUCCCCUUCCCCCCCUGGGGGCGGCUCUCAGGCCAACGUGGGGACCCUCGGUCCCCUUCCCCCCCUGGGGGCGGCUCUCAGGCCAACGUGGGGACCCUCGGUCCCCUUCCCCCCCUGGGGGCGGCUCUCAGGCCAACGUGGGGACCCUCGGUCCCCUUCCCCCCCUGGGGGCGGCUCUCAGGCCAACGUGGGGACCCUCGGUCCCCUUCCCCCCCUGGGGGCGGCUCUCAGGCCAACGUGGGGACCCUCGGUCCCCUUCCCCCCCUGGGGGCGGCUCUCAGGCCAACGUGGGGACCCUCGGUCCCCUUCCCCCCCUGGGGGCGGCUCUCAGGCCAACUUGA